AUGCAGUUUCCUUUCAUCAGUGCUAACCGCCCAGAUGGGAGACGCACGGUGGCAGCCCUCGGCGGGCGCGCGCGGCGAAAAAGGGCCGGCCCCCGCCCUCCCCUUCCCUCUUCGUUACCUGCGGGCGGCGGUGCCAGGGCCCGGAGGCCUGCUGCUCCUCCUCCUCCUCCCCUCCAGGCUGUGGCGGCGAGGUGGCGGCGGCGGCGGCGGCCCGGGGGAGGGGGCGGAGCGCGCGGCUCGCAGCCUCUCUCCUCCCCCGGGAGGCGGAGGGGACCCUAUCUCGGGCCGCCGCGCCUAGGCCCGUGGACGGCCUGCGGCUGGGGCAUGGCGGCCCCGAGCAGCGGCGUGCCUGCGAGAGAUCCAAGUCGGAACGAUGUGAAAGAGGCCCAGAAAAUUUUGUGCUGAAAUUUGAAGAAGGAGAAAAAAAGAAGGUGGAAUGCUUACCCUCGGCGGAAAACAGGAGCGACAGAGCAAGUCUCAGGAAGGCCUGAAGUCCUGGUGUUAGAGCAGGUGCACAGGUAACACCUGGAGAAGAAUCAGGAUGGGAAUAAAGUCAAACAAAUCGUGUCGACCUCUCCUAGGGUAUUCAGUAGGACAGUCAAUAAAAGACAACUGGUCAGGUCCUUACUACUCAUUACCCAAGGGACUGAGGUGGCAACUUCCUUUCGUGGCAAGAGUAGCAGCCCUGGCCAAAAAAACAAAACAAAACAAAACCAGCUUUCUUUUUUAGUUUACUCUCUUUUCUCCCUUUCCUUCCCUUUUGUACUAUUCUGAUUUUCAUUUUACACUUAAAAAUUAUCGGCCUCUCACUCCACCCCCACCCUGGGACUGGAAGAUCAAUUAACCACCAAAUGGCUGUGGGGCCCUAAGGGCACAGUGCUAGAUGCUUGGAUAAGGUGUAAGAAGAAAUACAAAGAUUAACUUUGUUGUAGUCCUUUCCUCUGUUUUGGCUUUGGGUAGGGUUAGUUUCUGUGGCUUUUGCAGCCUCCCACUUUUUUCUUCCUGGACUAGUAGAGGCUUGCCCUUCAGUUGGUGGAAUAUAUACACCUUUCUUUGACACUCGAUUAAAUAAUACCACUGGGAGGAUUUUCUGAAACCAGAAUCCUGCAUACAGGUGAAACAAACAAACGUAAAACAGUAUGAGGAACCUUUAAUUAUUAACCUGGUGUAGGUGACGCUAAGGAAUUCAAAUUCCAGGCAAAGAGGGUUUUAUUUCAGCCAUAAAUUUGGGGGACCAAAUUCUGGCACAAAUGCCACUUGCUUGUGUUAGAGCAUUAUAGCUGAGUGGGAACUUACUUAGUCCAUAACUUAUUUCAGAAUAAGAAUGCUUGACACUUAACUGCAAGAUCUCUAGUCUGACUUGGCUCAUUCCAAUAGAGGAGAAAUCAUUUCUGC